AUGGUCGAACCGGACUUCCCGGAAGUCACUCCGCUGCAGAUGCCUGAUCUCAGCGAGGAAACCAGAGAACAGCUCCACGCGGCGGCUCGCCUGAUCAACGAGGCCGAGCGCCCUCUGAUCAUUGCCGGCCACGGAGUGCUGGCAUCCGGUGGGACCGCACAGUUGCAGGCUCUUGCCGAGACGACGGGCAUUCCCGUCAUCACUACUCUGCUGGGGUUGAGCAGCUUUCCAACCGGCCAUCCCCUGAGCAUGGGAAUGCUGGGGAUGCACGGAAUGUACUGGGCCAACAUCGCCGUCGACGAGGCCGACCUGAUUAUCGGCUUGGGCAUGCGCUUCGACGACCGCGUUACCGGCAGGGUCGCCACCUUCGCCCCUCACGCCCGUAUCAUCCACGUCGACAUCGAGCCUACCCAGAUCGGACGGAACGUGCCGGUGGAGGUCUCCCUCCCCGGCGACGCGAAGGCCGUGAUGCACGCGUUGACUCCCAUGGUCAGGAACACGCCGCGUCCCGACUGGAUGGAACGCAUCGGCAGGUUGCGCCGGGAGCACCCGUCCCUGGCCAUUCCGCAUUCCGACAGCCUGCAGACCCAGCACGUCCUGUCUACGUUGAACGACGUCCUGCGGGACGACCCCGGCGCAACGGUUGUCACCGGCGUCGGACAGCACCAGAUGUGGGCCGCUCAGUUCCUGGGAUUCAACCAGGCCAACACGUUCGUGUCGUCUGGUGGUCAGGGCGCCAUGGGGUUCGAGGUGCCCGCUGCCCUCGGCAUUCAGGCCGGUCGGCCCGGUACCACCGUCUGGAGCAUCGCCGGCGACGGUGGAUUCCAGAUGACUCUUCAGGAACUGGUAACGGCGGUGGAAGAACAUCUGCCCGUGAAAAUCGCCCUCAUCAACAACGGCCACCUCGGAAUGGUGCGACAAUGGCAGGAAAUGUACUUCGACAACCACCUUAAGGCCGUUCCGGUGCCGGGACCGGACUACAUCAAGCUCGCCGAGGCCUAUGGCGUGGGCGCGGUCAGGGUGUCUGAGCAGGAGGACGUUCUGGCGGCCCUGAAGCAGGCAAAAGCCUACGACGGCCCGUUCCUAAUAGAAUUCGUGGUGGACCAGGCGGCCAACGUCUACCCGAUGGUGCCACCGGGCGGCUCCCUCGCCGACACUAUCGAAGACCCGGCAAUCGUCGUCUGA